CGCACGCGCUGUCUACAUCCUUUGACCUCUGACCUGCCGGCCUCCCUUGCGCGCGGCCCGCGGGGCCAGAGAGCCGGAGCCGGCACCUCUGAGGUAGAGCGGCCGCCAUGGCUAAGUACCUGGCCCAGAUCAUUGUGAUGGGUGUGCAGGUGGUGGGCAGAGCCUUUGCUCGGGCCCUGCGGCAGGAGUUUGCAGCCAGCCGGGCAGCAGCUGAUGCCCGGGGACGUGCAGGGCACCAGUCUGCAGCUGCAUCCAACCUCUCUGGCCUCAGCCUCCAGGAAGCCCAGCAGAUUCUGAACAUCUCUAAGCUGAGUCCCGAGGAGGUACAGAAGAACUAUGAACACCUAUUUAAGGUGAAUGAUAAAUCUGUGGGCGGCUCCUUCUACCUGCAAUCAAAGGUGGUCCGUGCAAAGGAGCGUCUAGAUGAGGAACUCAGAAUCCAGGCCCAGGAGGACAGAGAGAAAGGGCAGCCGCCUAAAACAUGACUGCUCAGCUCUCUCUACCCCCACCCGCCACCUCAUAAUUUAUAGCUUGCUAAUAAAUGUCUUUUCCGCAUUUCUCCUGUGCA